AUGUCCAACACAACGCACCCCACCCCCCUCACCUGCAUGGUCCGGUGCAACGCCAACGCCUACGCCGUCGACGGCUUCUGCGGGCUCUGCCACGAGCCCCCGGCGCACGGCAGCCCGCUGAAGUGGCACUGUACCGGGUGCAGUGUGGACUUCCACACCGAGUGCUUCCGCCGGUGGAUGGACCGGGCCCUGCGGAUGAGUCUGGUGUCGACCUGCCCCAGCUGUCGGUCGCGGUGGGAGAUGAUCCUCACGGGGCCGGAGGCGAGGACAGCCACGCAGUUCCUUAGUUUUGGGGAUUGA